CUGAGCUCAGCCUAGUCGGCCAUAUUGGAAAGAAUAGCGAAGAGCAGUUUACGUAUCUCGUUUUUCCCGUUAGUUUUGUUUCUGGAAUAUUUAAUUGAAAGAUUGAUCUUGUCUUUUUCUGGAAUCGUCAGCUUUGUUUACUUCACUGGUUAAUUUGUCGAAAGAAGGGGUUUGACUUGUCCGUUUGUUUCACUGUUCAAACCAGACAAAGGAAAAAGGUCUAAUUUCCAGCCAUGGAUGCAGAAGAAUUCUGUUUGCGGUGGAAUAACCAUCACCAUGUUUUAGUUAGUGUUCUUGACAAAUUAUUGGAGAAGGAAUCUAUGUGUGAUGUGACUCUUGCCGCUGACCAUCAAUUUGUUAGAGUUCACCGACUAGUAUUGUGUGCUUGCAGCAACUACUUUGAGGAAAUGCUGAGCAAGCAAGUCGACAAACAGGCAUUCAUAUUCUUAAAAGAUGUCAGUUUUCCAGAUCUCAGAGCACUUGUAGAUUACAUGUAUAAAGGAGAAGUAAAUGUUGCUCAGGAACAACUUGCUAGUUUUUUGCAAACAGCUGAAGCCCUUGAUAUCAAAGGAUUGGCAUACAAAGAAGGUGACCAGUCUAAAUUCAAAUCUGGUCAAAAUGCAAGGACUAAUGCUGCCAAAAGAACACUAAGUGAAUCAACAUCAACUCCGUCAGUUGUAUCCACUCCCAGCAAUUCUCAACGACCCGAAAAUGACAACAUUUCACACACUCCUUCUCAGAACCAAUCAUCCUCUAGACCAAAACCGCCUCCUCCCAAGAAAGCUCAUGUGGUACCAUCGGAAUCUCCUACACAUCCAGCGAACACAGACUCAGAUGACCACUUUGUUGUAGUCGAUACGAAAAUGGAAUCGGAAUUAGACUCUGACCACAUGGAAGACCAACUAGAUAAUAACGGACCAGAAUGGGCAUCACGGGACUGUGACGACGACUGGAGCACAUCUGACAACGGCAUGAUAUCCAUUGUACCCAACUCGACCCGCGAUAUUACCUUUGGCCCCUCUACAUCAGACACGCGAAUGGGAGACAAUGUUGCCGGACCCUCAGGAACACAACCCAAGGCUAACAAUUCAUCUAGCGGCGCAGCAUCUCGAGGUGAUGACGGGAAGGACAAUCGAGUCAUUUGCCGGGUCUGCCAUCGGACUUAUAAGUCGUGGAAAAAUUUGUUGCAACAUUUGCGCCGGGACAACACGGGCUGCGCACAACCCAACCUCAUCUCGCUCAUCCAAGAAAAUCGCAGAGUCUCGUAUAGGGACUUUGCGCGAACCCUGGCCAUCGAGGCCGACCCUGAAGCUCACCAACCCCUGAUCAAAUGCCCCAAUUGCCAUUUCAGUUACAAGUUUAAGAAGGAUCUGUACCGCCACUUGCGCAUGGGCUGCGACGCCAUGACGACGGCGACGACCGUCGGCUCCCGCGACGGCCAGCUGUGCGACUUGCCCGUCUUCCGUUGCAAUUUUUGCCCUUACGUCACUUUCGUCAAGUCGUCCGUGCGCAGACACGUUCAAAGCGCCCACAGCAAUCGAUCCCACAAUGCGACUAUUUAAAGAA